AUGGGAAUCGAAAAUCAAGCAGAGAAAUCACUAAAUCUGAUAAGGAGCAGAAUCUGCAACCCUAAUUUCAUCUUCAAGCCUCUCUCGGAUUCCCCUGACAGCAACUACAGCAAGUUGAAGUUUAUAAUAUCGAGUUCGAUCACGGAGGCUUGCAACAAUUCCAUUCUACUCCUUGGACCUCGUGGCUCUGGCAAAGUCGCCGUUUUGGAGCUUGUUCUCAACGAUUUAUUGGAACAGUAUCCUGAUACAAUCACUGUUAUUAGACUGAAUGGGCUAUUGCAUAGUGAAGAUAAUUCUGCCUUCAAGGAAAUUGCCAGACAACUAUGCAUGGAGCACAAUUUGUUAUUCUCAAAAAUGGCAUCCUUUGAUGAUAACUCCCAGUUCAUGAUAGCCAUGUUGCGGGAGUGUGGAUUAGCACAUAAAACAAUUAUUUUUGCACUUGAUGAGUUCGACCUAUUUGCCCAGGGAAAACAACGAUUACUUUAUAGCUUGUUGGAUGCAAUGCAAUCAGUAACUUCACAGGCUGUUGUUGUUGGUGUUAGUUGCCGACUGGAUGCUGAUCAGCUUUUGGAAAAAAGAGUAAGAUCUCGGUUUUCUCAUAGAAAGUUACUGUUUCUUCCUCCAUCUAAGGAAGAUGUACAAAGAUUGUUGGAGCACGUCCUAUCUUUGCCAAUGGACUCAAAUCUUGCCCAUGACUAUGCUACUGGAUUCAAUGAAAAGCUUCAAAGUAUUUUAGCAGACGAGAGAUUCAAAGAAAUCAUCAGUACUUAUUUGAAUUCCAAUCCUACCGUCAAUCAUUUAUUGAGAUUUCUAUUCCUUGCCAUCUCGCAUAUGGAACUGAAAUCAGGGUUCUUGUCACUUGAGAACUUUAAAGUUGCACUUUCAAGUCUCCAAAGGCAGCCAAAGCAGGAAUGCAUAAAAGAUUGCUCCAUCUUAGAAAUCUACAUCCUCAUAUGCAUGAAGAGAUUGGAAAUUAAAGAGCAAAAUUCUUACAACUUUAUUUCAGUAAUGAAAGAGUACAAAAGCAUACAUGAUUCGUUCCCGACUUCUGAUUAUUAUGCACAAAAUGUUUGCCUACGGGCAUUUGAACACCUUCUUCAACGUGAAUUAAUUUGUUUCACAGAGAACAGAGGUCACGGUCAAUCUAUUGAAUUUCGUCCAGUGAAGCUUGUAAUCUCAUAUGCUGAACUGCAAGAGGGGCUGAAAUCAUAUCGUUCCUGUCCCGCCAUUCUUCUAAAAUUAAUUGAUCGCUGA